AUGUUCUCCUGGCUCGUCUGGGAUGAUCCAAGACUUAUGGCCUCCGAAGUCGUUACUUAUCUGACGUCUGUGUGGUUACAACAUGUGGGUCCGACCAGCACCGGAGAAGACGAUAGGGAGCAAAAUGCCGACAUCUCGAACUCUGUAAUCCAUUCGUCGUUCAUGGAGUAUCCUGCCGCAGCUUGUGGGGCUUUAUUGCGGAUAUCGCAGCAAGCCAUCAGGCAGCUAUCCUCAUCGUCAUCCCCAUGCGCCGUGGAUUUACCUGCGUUGGACGUCAUUACGAAAUCAGCAUGGGCCGCUACGUUACUUCUACAUUCGCAAGAGGACCCGUGUGCCCUGCCCUUCGUUGACCUAGGGGUAUCCUUUCUUAGCUUGUUUGUCCUGCUUCCGGACACCUCUCGAGAAAUUCAUGCCAGGGCAUUCAUGGUGGAAGCCCUCGGUAUGUUGGAGCCCAAGAUUCUAGAUCUCGCGUUCAAGAACGUCCACGUUGGUGCCCUCUUUGACUUCAACCUGAGAUUUGACUGCGUAAUCACUACGCAAAGGCGUCUCCUCGAGCACGGGGAUCUGCUGGAUGAAAAUGCUAAAGAUCUAUGCCAGAGGAUCAAUCUAACUCUGAACUUUCUGGCUGUUCUCCUGCGAUCUCUGGAUGUCCAGUCGUUCGGCCGUCAAGCCGUCUCAUCCUGGCUCGUUGCUGUCACUGAACACCCGCUGUCUACUAAUGCGCCAAAUGUCGCCUCUCUGGCCUACCUGCCGUCUCUUCUCCUUGUCCUAUCUGCCUUGCGGGAGUCCAAUGCUGGGUCUGAGUUCGAGGACCUCCCCAACGUCUGGGAGGGCGAAAGGUUGCGCGCCCUGGUCUUCAGCGUAAGCCGGGGGAACCUCCUGUUGGCUUCCAGCGUGAAACUCAAUGCUCUAGAUAACCUCACCGUGGUUGAAAUCUGGGACUACGCGAGGGACGCUCUACUUGCCAUUUUGAUGGAUGAAUUCCUUGGCGACGAUGUGCCGCUCGCUUUGCUGGUCGGUCCUUGCUUCGCGUAUCUUCUCAUGGACUUGCUUGACCGUACGACUUCUGACAUUGCUUCUCCCUGGAAUCUCAAUCUCUGCUCGGAACUACGCGCGCUCUCGCUAGAGAACGCCAGCGUCAACCUAGGGUACAGAUCCAUCCUCCAGACCAGACUGAAAAUCAUCGGACCGGCGCUGUUGGAGAAGAUGAAGGCAAUUGUGGAACGCGUUCGGCCGGAAGAGGGCUCGAGAUCUAAGCCGGGGAUGUCGAGACAAUUGAUCUUCUACCGAAGUGGUAACACCCUGCAUCCUAUAUGUAUCCCAAGCGAUGUUGCACCUGGCUCGUGA